AUGUCGUCAUUGGCGGCUACUCAGGCGGACGGCUACUACUAUCCGGCAGAAUGGCGACCUGAACAUGGCUCACUCAACUCGUAUCAUGGUUCCCAUCCCUUAGGUAAACGUGCUAAACAUCUGGCGAGUGAUGGCGUGUUAGUUGUGCGCUUUGAGAUGCCGUAUAGCGUCUGGUGUACGCACUGUAGCUCACACAUUGGGCGAGGUGUUCGCUUUAAUGCCCGCAAAAAACAGGCAGGUCGCUACUUUUCGACUGUAAUCUGGGAGUUUAGUUUGAAGUGCCCGAGCUGUAGUGGUGAGAUGAUAAUCAAGACGGAUCCUAAGGCGCGCGAUUACGAGCUUGUGAGUGGUGUGAAGCAGAAGGCAGAUAUGAAAGUUGCUGGCGAUAUGCAGACGGAGAAACUCAAUGAACCUGAAAUUGCCGCCAGGCUGCAACAAGAUCCAUUUUUUCAAUUAGAGCAUGAAAAUGAAGACAAGCUUGUAGCCAAGAAGCGGUCGCAAGGGCUCGUGGAUCUCAUGUGUUUACAGGACGCAGAGUUCAAGGACGAUUACGCUAGCAACUCCAUUUUAAGAACGCAACUAAGAUUAAAAAAGAAGCAGCACAAGAUUAGAGAAAAGGAGGCUAAGCGGUUGGGUCUUGGCAUUCCGCUGCUUGAUGAGCACCCAGACGAUGUGCUAGCGUCGAAAGUAGUCGUCUUUAAGAAUAAUUUGGAGAAGCGGUACAGGACAAAUGGUAAAUUAAAGCCGCGAUUUAGCAGCUCGAAAAAGCCCGUUACAUCUGUAAGUGCAGACCCAUUCCAGCACUUUGGUGACUCGGUUGGGUCUCAUCUGCAGCGGCUUAGAGCUGUCAAGCGAGCUGCCAAGAAGCGAUAUACACCAGCGUGA